AACAAAAGAGAGGUGUUUCCCUGGGUUCUGGGAACUCUAUAAAGAGAGCACCGGCUCCUUUCUCUCGAGCAGUCAGAAACAGGAGUCCCGUCCUUGACACCCGGGACUCCCCAGGAUUGAGAAGGAGAAAAACCCUUGGCUGGGGGCUGGCCCGAGGCACUGGCUGCCAUGCAGCAGCCCUUGAAUUACCCGUACCCCCAGAUUUUCUGGGUGGACAGCAGUGCCAACUCUCCCUGGGCUUCUCCAGGGUCAGUCUUCCCCUGUCCGUCCUCUGUGCCAGGAAGGCCCGGGCAAAGGAGGCCACCGCCACUACCACCACCUCUGAAGAAGAGGAGGGGCCACAACACAGGCCUGUGUCUCCUUGUGAUGUUUUUCAUGGUUCUGGUGGCCCUGGUUGGAUUGGGACUGGGACUAUUUCAGCUCUUCCACCUGCAGAAGGAACUGGCCGAACUCAGAGAGUCCACCAGCCAAAGGCAUACAGAAUCGUCUUUGGAGAAGCAAAUAGGUCACCCCAAUCCAUCCUCUGAGAAAACGGAGCUGAGAAAGGCAGCUCAUUUAACAGGCAAGCCCAACUCAAGAUCCAUCCCUCUGGAAUGGGAAGACACUUAUGGAAUUGCCCUGGUCUCUGGGGUGAAGUAUAAGAAGGGCAGCCUUGUGAUCAAUGAAACUGGGCUGUAUUUUGUGUAUUCCAAAGUGUACUUCCGGGGUCAGUCCUGCAACAAGCAGCCCCUGAACCACAAGGUUUACACGAGGAAUUUUAGGUACCCCCAGGACCUGGUGCUCAUGGAGGGGAAGAUGAUGGACUACUGCACUACUGGCCAGAUGUGGGCCCGCAGCAGCUACCUGGGGGCUGUGUUCAAUCUCACCAAUGCUGACCAUUUAUAUGUCAAUGUAUCUGAGCCCUCUCUGGUCAAUUUUGAGGAAUCUAAGACAUUUUUUGGCUUAUAUAAGCUCUAAGAAAAGCACUUUGGGAUUCUCGCCAUUAUGGUUUCUUGUUAUAGGCACUGAGAAUGUUGUCUUGAAUGAGGGUCUUCUUAAGUCCACUUGAGGUCAAGAGAGAAGACAUGAACCAAGAGGAUCUUGAGACCACAGGGUCCAGCAGUUCUACAGCUCCUCAUCUCACCUAAGGUCCACGAGCCAGACAGGAGGAGGACAUGAACACGAAACUCUGGGCUGCCAUGUGAAGCUGCAGAGACAGGGAAAAGCAGCUACCAGGGUGUUCUACACUCAUCUUAGGUGGCCUAGCACACUUUGGUACACUGAAAAUGGCACGUUUUAACUCACCUCUUGGGGUGGGUCUACUGUCUACCUCAGGGGAGGCUGUCUUUCACGUAUAUGGAUGCAACAUGAAUGUAUAAGGGGUGGGAAAAGAGGACUAGGCUUACAUGAUAAGCUAAAGAGACUAAAAGGCCAGUGUCCCACUGGCAGCAUCUUUACUUGUAAAUGCAUAGCCUGAGCCAUCAGGUGAUGCUAACAGAGAAGCAAGGGAGAUCUUUUGAGGACUUAGUCCAUUCCCUAUACAGCAUGUAUAUUUCCAGUGCAAUUGUAGGGGUGUGUGUCUGUGCGCGCGCGCGUGUGACUAGAAGAGUUACGUAAGUAGAGAGAACGUGGAGAUUGGGAAGGACAUGUUAGGAAAAUAUGGGCUGCAUUUGGUGGUAGAUUUUGAAUGCUUUUUGGGCAACCAACUCUAAUAGUCCUCAAAACUCUUUGAUUGUCAGUUAUUAAAGCUGUUUCCCCAUAAUAUAACUAAUAUUUAUAUAUAUUUUGUGGGUUUUUUUUUUUCUUUUUGCAGUACGCAGGCCUCUCACUGUUGUGGCCUCUCCUGUUGCGGAGCACAGGCUCCGGACGUGCAGGCUCAGCAGCCAUGGCUCACGGGCCCAGCCGCUCUGCGGCAUGUGGGAUCUUCCCGGACCGGGGCAUGCACCCGUGUCCCCUGCAUUGGCAGGCGGACUCUCAACCACUGCGCCACCAGGGAAGCCCUAUUUUGUGCAUUUUUAAUGAACAGAAUACAUGUAACAAAAACUAUGUUAAAAUACAGAUAAACAUUAUGAGUGUCCUUUUUGGAAAUCACUAAGAUCUGGAGUUUUUCCUUAUUAUUUCUUUCUUCCAUGGCCUCCUCAUUCAUUAUGACUUAAGCCCACUUUAAGAAGAAUUUACUAGGGUGAGAAGAGCUGUGAGGCAAAUCUUUGCAUCUUUGCCAGGCUCUCCUCUCCUCGCUAUAUUCUCUUUCCCCUCCAUCUACCACUAUCCAGAGUUUCCAUUGCCAAUAUUAUUGCCAGUGUUAAGCUCACCCAACUUCCCAUAGAUCUGAUGACAAUUUGUCUUUUCCUGGGGGCAGAGAUGUGGCAUAGUGGAAAAGGCACAGACUUUGGACUAAAAAGCCUGAAUUUGAAUCUUUGUUCCUCUACUUAUUAACUAUGCCAUCACUGGGCAGAUCACUUGACUUUUUUGGACAAAAAGGGGCUGAUUUGGACUUAUAGUAUCUAACACAUCAUAGAAUGUCAAACAAUAGUGUCUGCCAUUAUUAAUAAGCCACUCUAUGGGAGGCACUUCAUUCUCCAGAAGAAGCCACGGCUCUGAGGGAUCCAUUCAAACACCUGGUUUCUUGCCUUCUCUCCUUGGUCUCACAAUAACCUUUUCCUAUUUUCUCCAAAUGCUCAUUACCAUGACUUCUCCCUAGACUUUUUCAUCAUUAAAAAUAACAACAUCUCCUCUGGAAUUUGAUUUCAGACACCUUAUUUUCACAACAUCAUGUCCUUUUUCCAACUCAGUUGGUCCAACAUUUUCUCUCCUAAAAAUAUGUAUAUAUAUUUUACUGUGUUGUGACAUCUACUUAAUAAAUGCUAUCAUUUUCUUAUA